AAUGAUUCUCAGCUCCACCACUUUCACUUUUGAGCUUCCACGGAGUCCAGCCGGAAUAAGAGAGGGGAAAGGGAGUACAAUUCAGGCCUCGUCCGGGAUUGCCUUUUGGUGAUCGCCGGGUGAUUUAUCUGAAUGGCGCCUUGAUUUUAUGGUAGUUUUGCACGCUGUUUGAGUGCAGGAAAAAAGUUUUCUGGCUCUAUUCAACUAACAUCCCUAGCAUUAUGGGUUGGCUGAAAAAAUUUUUUAAAGGCUCCAGUCAUAAAAUAUCUUGGGGCCAACACCACGGAAAAUAUGCAGAUGAGAGUUUUUGGAAUGAGCCUUCUAGUUCAUUGGAUAUCCAGUCAGAGUCUGAAAAUGAAGAUAUAGAUCAUGCUAUUGCACUUUCUCUAUCAGAAGAACAAAAUAAGGGAAAGGCAAUUGAGAACAAAUCUUAUGCAGAGGAAGAUGAACAGCUCGCUAGGGCUUUGCAAGAAAGUUUGAAUGCUGAUUCUCCUCCCCGUUAUAAUGGUCACAUUUUUCAACCACUGCCGUUUUUCUUUCCCUCAGGCUUCAGGAUAUGUGCUGGAUGCAAAAAGGAAAUUGGUAAUGGGCGCUAUCUCAGUUGUAUGGGUUCUGUUUGGCAUCCAGAGUGUUUUCGUUGCCAUGCUUGCGAUCAACCAAUAUCUGAUUAUGAGUUCUCUAUGUAUGGGAAUUUCCCAUAUCACAAGUCUUGCUACAGGGAACUUUAUCACCCAAAAUGUGAUGUCUGCAAGCAAUUUAUUCCAACAAAUAGAAGUGGCCAUGUUGAAUACCGGGCUCACCCUUUCUGGCCACAAAAGUAUUGUCCCUCACACGAGCGUGAUGGCACUCCUAGGUGUUGCAGUUGUGAACGGAUGGAGCCAAGAGACACAAAAUAUGUGACUCUGGAUGAUGGGCGAAAACUCUGCCUAGAGUGUCUGAAUUUUGCAAUAAUGGAUAACAGCGAGUGCCAACCUCUUUACAUUGAUAUACAAGAAUUCUAUGAAGGUUUAAAUAUGAAAGUGGAACAGCAGAUUCCAUUGCUUCUAGUUGAAAGACAAGCCCUAAAUGAAGCCAUGGAAGGAGAAAAGAAUGGGCAUCACCACACUGAAACCAGAGGUCUGUGUCUUUCGGAAGAGCAGAUUGUUACCCGUAUUUUACGAAGACCAAUAAUUGGGCCUGGAAACAGAAUCAUAGAUAUCUUGACAGGGCCCUACAGACUGGUUCGGCAGUGUGAUGUAACAGCCAUUCUUGUAUUGUAUGGGCUCCCAAGAUUACUGACAGGGUCAAUACUGGCUCAUGAGAUGAUGCAUGCAUGGCUUCGGCUUAAAGGAUUUCGAGCCCUUAGCCCAGUAGUUGAGGAAGGCAUCUGCCAGGUGCUGGCUCAUAUGUGGCUCGACUCAGAAAUCAUCUCAGGAACUGGCAGUAACAUCGCAUCCAGCUCAUCAUCCUCUUCAUCGUCGACUUCAUCUAAAAAAGGCCCAAGGUCUCAGUUUGAGAGAAAACUCGGAGAAUUCUUCAAAUACCAGAUCGAAUCGGAUACUUCAUCAGCAUAUGGUGAUGGCUUCAGAGCUGGCAACGAGGCAGUUCUUCUGUAUGGCCUCAGACGCACCCUCGACCAUAUUAAAUUGACAGGGACUUUCCCAUACUGAUCGUGGUCAAGAGCAUUCCGAAACUUAGAUUAUGUUUAUUUCUUUGCCUACAUGCAGAAAAGAUUGCCAAAAAUAUAUAUAGCAAAAGAAAAAAUAAUCAACCGAAAAAGGAUACCACAAAUUAGUUGCCAUGCCUGUGAGGUUGUAAUUCCUUGAGCAGCCACCUUUUUGUUGCAGACCAUACUGCACUUUAAAAACGAAGAAUCCAGUUAUGUACCUAAACUAAUCUUUGUUAAACUGCAAGAACAGUAUGUUGUAUGUUUUAUAUGCACAUGUUGGCAUGAUAAUGGCGUUGCUUGCACGACUAGAAAUUCUA